GCCUACGAGUCCCGCCACGUCCACACAGUCUACGAGGCCAUCGCCCCGCACUUCUCCUCAACCCGCUACAAGCCCUGGCCCCUCGUCGCCGCCUUCCUACUCUCCCUCCCGCCCGGCUCCGUCGGCCUCGACGCAGGCUGCGGCAACGGAAAGUACAUUGGCGUCAACCCCUCCCUCUUCAUCGUCGCCUCGGACCGGAGCGCCAACCUCGUCUCGCUGGCGCGGAGCUACCAGCCGCCGCACUUUGAUGCCUCUGUGGGCCCCAAGAAGAAGAAUAAGGGCGCCCCAGCACCACCACCAGCACCAAAGAACCAGGUUCUCGUAGCAGACUCCCUAGCCCUCCCCUACCGCUCCUCCGCCUUCGAUUUCGCCAUCUCCAUCGCCGUAAUCCACCACAUGUCCACCCGCGAACGCCGCCGCGCCGCCGUCGCAGCCCUCCUCACCGCCGUCCGGCCCGGCAGCGGCAAGGCCCUCGUCAUGGUCUGGGCCCUGGAGCAAGGUAAUAGCCGGCGCGGGUGGGACGCCGGCGCCGCGCAGGACCAGCUCGUGUCGUGGGUCACAAAGGGCAAGAAGGAGAAACCCGAGGGCAAAACGUUCCAGAGGUAUUACCAUCUCUACCGCGAGGGCGAGCUUGAGGAGGAUGUGGUCGAGGUUGGGGGCAGGGUGCUUGAGAGCGGGUAUGAGAGGGAUAACUGGUGGGCCAUC